CCCCAUGGCAACAGCUCAAGCACGCGGCUUGUGAACUGACGCGAAGUACAUUGAUGAUACAUUGUUGCAAGAGUUCGAAACUUUAAAACACUUGAAAUGCGUAUUAUUUGUUUUCAUUUGAUCAGUAAAUAUUUCUUUAUGAAACUUGUGAGAGUAAAUUGAAGAUGUCUGGAGUUUAUCAGUUUGGCUCUUCAGUGAAGCUGGAGCAGAUGGAGGCUGAACUGUCCUCACAACUUCAGGCUCUGAGGAAUGAGAUUGAAAACAAAGAGAUUUUACAGAGAACGUCCUCCAAACCAUACAGCUCUGUCCAUAUUCCAAAAGAUGUGUCUUACUUCCGUUUAGAGAGGCAGCAGGUUCUCCUUAAAGCAUUGCAGGUUUCCUCCAUAAGGCCGGUUGUGUCACAGGCAGAAAUAGCUCAGAAGGAAAUGGAAAGCUGUCUGAAUCAAGAGUACACACCUGAAAGUUUACCCUUACUGCUGCAUCAGUUUUUUACAGAUCAAACUUAUAAGCUGGCUCAGUGCAAAUAUCAGCUGAUGCUUCGAUGGAGAAGAUUUGGCCGACAUUCAACUAUCCUUGAGAAACUCUUUCCUCAGUAUAAGAAGCAGAUCACACUCCUGAACAACGAGUUUGAGGACUGCGUACAUCGGGCCCGUCGAUUGGCCGUGUCCAGAGAGAAGAUCCUGACAGGUGCUGAGAGUCCCGUGAAUGUGAUCACACAGGAGGACGUCAUCAUUUACCUGCAGUGGCUUAUUUGUCAUCUGCACUCCGUCAAAAUCAUCAACAGCUUUCUGAAUGUGCUUCAUUAUCUUCCUUCAACUGAGUGGAAUGAGAAACAGGCAUCUAGUGUUGUAGAUUUUACAUCCCCUGCCUAUUUUUCAGGGGUAUUUGAAUCAAUGUCAUCUGUCCCUGUGCACCCCAUCAAAAUAGAUGAUUUUAAAGUCCAGCUACAGUUUUUUCUCACACAUUAUAACAUUCAGUAUAGUACAGACACCAUCAAGACAUCUGCGGAUGAACUGGAGCUCUAUAGUAUGGUUAGCCACAUGUUCAGUACUGUGUUUAAAACUCAGGAGGAGAUGAAGACUUUCCUACAGUAUGACAGCACUGAAGCUACAGACAGAAAGUGGGGUAGAAAGAGCCCGAAUAAUGCUCUCAGAAAAGAGUCAAACUGGAUUGCACACAUACAGCUGAAACCAAAGCGAGACCCCUGGCAGCAAAAACAAAUGGCCAAACUGAAAGAGCUCAGAUCAAUAGAUGAACUACUUCAAAUGCACAGCAAGUUCCUUGAGGAGUCUGAUGUGCAUAAAGUGACCGAUGCUUUGAAGCAGUACAGUUCAUCUGUUUAUCAACCAGAAACCGCAAAACCUUCAGACAUGCGGAGAGAAACAUCUGAUAUUUGGAGAAGCAUUUAUAACACAACAAACAUGUCUCAGGUGGAACCUGGAAACGCUUCUCAUAUAUCUAAGCAUUCAGAUCAGAAGAAGAAUAAAGGUGGGAGCAGUGCUACGUUUCUUCGUGGGAAUGAUGAAGAUGUUGAUGGUUACAAAGAUGCUGGAACAGUCGAAGCCGGGGCUUUUCUGUCUUUAGUCUAUCUGCGAUAUCUCAGGAUCAGAGAACUUAAGCGUACCUGCCUAAGCAUGCUAAACUACCUGCGGUCAGUGGAGAGGACUUUGGUCAUGGACACCGCAGGUCUUCGGGUAAACGAUGGAGACUUGGUAAGAAAUAUUGAGGAGACGGGCUGGAUGACAGCUGCUCGAGGAGGUGAUGACCCUUCACGAGAUCUUGGAUCACAUCAUUACAUCUACAACAGUCCUGUUGACUACAAGGUUCACUGUGCCGAGUUUAUGGAGUUUCCAGAAAUGGAGAACCUCCAUGACUAUUACAGCACAAAUGGGAGUUUCAUCCACACACAGGACCAGCGAGGUCUCUACAUCGUCUAUGACGCAGCACUGAUGGAUUUGGAAGAGCUGGAGCACCAUCUGUUGCUCACAGCAUCUCAUUUCAUUCAAAUGAGCAGAGAUUCACAUGCAUCUAAUGGAUCUGGAGAUCUACACUUUUACGCCGGAGUGGAUGUAGAUCGACUGGCUGUGCUUUUGGACAUCUGGACAUGUGAAACUGAAUUUCUGGAGGACAAAAUCCAACUCUUGAAUUGCUACUUAGAGACCUAUCAGCAUGUUACCGAUCCAGAGGAACGCUUGGGUUUGGCCCAGGUCAUCACAAAUAUCAUGCACAGAAGUCCGCAGAUAGAUUUCACUGCUGGAUACUUUGUUCAAGCUUAUAGAGACUCGAUAGUCUGCCUACAAAGCCAUCAACAGCUGAUCAGAACCGUGCUGAACAAGCAGAUUGACGAACAGAGGCAGUACCUGGAGAGAAUAUGGAGAGAAAGACAAAAUGGUUUUCCUUGUGACUAUGGUCUGCCACCAAACUACAUCCCCAAGCAUUUGGUAUCUGUUGGUGGAUGCCGGCCGGCUUUGAAGAGCGUGUAUUUACUGGAGUUGCAUCCCUCCCUGUGUUUGGCAUCUCGACUGUAUGAGGGUAUUGAACGUGCCUGUGCUGAACUGUGUGAGCUGAACAGAGCUCAGACAGCGUCUCAGAGAUUAAACCUCGAGAAAAAGCUCCUGAAAAUGGCUUUGCAUCACUGGCACAUUCUGGGCACUCCUGGUGCCACCUACAGUCCUCAAAUACAAAGAGAUCUGUUCUUAGAUGUCUUCGUUGAGGACCCGGUGCUGGUCAGAGAGCUCGGCCUUAACGUUUUGAGAUCUGCUGAGGAACAGGAGAGGAAACCAGGCAAAGAGAAACAGCUGUUCAUGGUGAAAACGUUCUGCACUUUGCUAGAAUUGGUGACGGUUCGCCAGCGCAUCAUCGAGUCGGCAUCAGAGACUGAGCUCCUGUCCCAAUUAUAUAAAUGUCUAGCCACAGAGAUGGGCUUUGAUGAAUAUCAUUUAUACAUGCGACCAGUGCAGUUUGAGUUCGCCAUGAAGAAAGAGAUACCCAAAGAGUCUCAGGUGUUCAUCACUGCUGUCCAUGAGGACAAACAAAAUGUCGACAGGUUUGCACCGACCUGUCUUCCAUUAGCUGUUCAGGAACUUGACGAGAAUCACAUCGGCAAAUUUAGUUUUCAAUCUAAUGAAUCGAUUUUACAGCUGAUGAAUCAGUCCAGCUUGGAGAACCUGCAGGUGGUCCUGAUUUGUCAGGUGGUCCAUAAGAAUGCUCUCAUUGGAGCAAUUAAACAGGCAUCAGUGUGCUAUUGGGCCGAGACGUUUGCUCAAUCCUCAGAUCUUACAGUCCUGCAACAUGACAAAUCUACAGCCUCUGAAAAACAGAGACGUGACUCAACCACCAGAAACAGGCUUGCAGGAGCAUUUGUGUCCAUCCAGCUGGAGAAAGCAGCUCUCAGAGAUGAAAUGCUGAAUGCAUUUAUAAAGAAGAAGGAACAGACAAGCACACUAAAGUUAAACCCGGAAGAAGUGGGAAAGAUGAAGAGGAAACUGAUCAUCGAGUUCUGUCACAAGUUUAAUAAGCAUAUAUCACAGAGUUUUUUCAGAGGGCAGCUGGUGGCUCUUUAUCACAAUCUCACCUCAACACUCGCCGAGGUGCCACACGUCCGUGAGAAACACUUUGUAAUUGGACAGGAAAAUGACAGCAGAUCAAACCUGCGGUCAGGAGAGAUGAUGAGUCCAGAUCCAAGGACACUUGAACCUCGACCCAAGAGACUCUUAUCAGCUGAUGGAAAUACUCUGGUAAACCUGUGGUACAUCCCUCACUACACUGAAGUGCUGCUUAUGUUCAGAGAUCUGGAGGAAAAGGAAUGUCACAGAGCUCUUCAAAACACACAUCAGAUUAUUUCAGCGCUUCAUGACAUCGUCUGUUACCUUGUGAGCUUUGCUCGGCUGGGAAAUUCAAACACAUCCUUCAACCCCAGCAGUGCUGAGAGACUAACAGCUGACUGGGGAGGAGCAGAAAGCAUCGGUGCUGAACUGUGGGACAUCCAGCGACAGAUUGACUCUCUUCAUGAACCCAGAAGUUCAGAUGCUGUUGGGAAACUCCUGCAGUUAAACAGAGAAGUGCUCUUCAUGAGCUUUGAAAUGGCAGUGCGCUUCAUGAUCAGGGAAGCAUUUCUGUCCUCUGGAAACACCUCAGCCUAUCAGAGUGUGAGUGAGAACAUGAGCCACGCCCUCCCAAUCAUGAGUGACAGCUUAGAGGGAGGAGCCAGCUUUCUCUCUGUUCCUCAGCCUCUUGAUCCAGGCUGUCUCCAGGCCCAAAAACUGUAUCCAUGGAGAUCAUUCCUCACAUGCUAUGGAUCACACCCCUUCGUUAUAUGGGACAUCUCACCGAUAGAGUAUUACAUGCAGCUCUGCUUGUGUGAUCUGAAUGGCCGAUGCCGAAUGGAGGCCAACGGAGCGAUUCUGGGUGUAUCUCUGGUCAUUGAUGAUGUUCUCAGUAGUGGACGAUACGCCGCUCCUCUUCAUCUGCAGAGCACAGGAGAUCCUGACAUCACUGCUUUGCGUGAUAAAGAAGAUGACAUGGACAGCAAAUAUAUAAAAACAGAAAAUGCAUCUAAAGUUCAAGAUCGCACCCGAUCACUGAUGAACCAGCGGGGAUUUUUACUCCUCUGGAAGCAAAUGGAGGUUUUCAAAGAAAGCUGGAUUCUACGACAGCUGGCCUCAGAGAAAAUAAACAGCCUUGCACUUUAUAAACACAUCUCACAACUUUAUAGAACGGAGAUUUACUUUCCUAGUAUGCACGCAUUGGCACAGCAUAUGGAGAAAGAGAAGGAAUACGAGAUGCUUCUGUCUCACAAUCAGUCAAUUCAACCACCGCCAGGAGCUACUGAGAUUGACAUUAAAACAUGGCAGUUACUGCGACUCUUGGAGAUCACCGAGUGUCACAUGAUCAAAGCGGUUCAGAACAGGAUUACUACUGAAAUGACUCGAGUGAUGUCAGAGCGCGCCCGGCAUGACACUGCACUCCCCACAGAUCUGUGGAAAAAGGCGUCCAUGGAGCACAGUUUCUCUCUGGAAAGACCUCAGAUAGUGGAAAACUUUGUUCAGAAGUUGAUGAGCGGUGAUGUGGAGGAGACUGAUGGACAGGUGAUGUUCUCUAAAGCUCAUCUGCAGGAUUGUUUGAUUGAACUCGCUUCGGCUGUAAUGAAUCGUGAGAAAAGCGUCUUUCUGCGUUAUUCUCAGUUUUAUGAGCAAAUCCUACAACAGCAGGGACAACUACUUUACCGGAGAGAACAGGAUGUUAAGGAGCUAGAAGCCAAAGAAAUGCACGGCAAUGACCCAUACACAAAGGUGGCAGAAGUGUGUCGGGAGAUGAUGAUCGAAAUCACAGCUCUACGUGCCCGAAUUACACAACUAGAGGAAGAGAAGAGAAACUUAGAUCAACAUCUCAACCUGAAACACAGACAGCACUAUGACUCGCUGGUCCACCAUCUGUUUUCUACAUGUAUUCAUUUGAAGUCGCGACUAGACAAAUAUCACGUGAAUAUGGAGCAAGAUGUGAGACGGCUGGUAAGCAGCGCGAGGACAGAGGCGGCGGAGAGAAUCAUCAGAUUGAAAAAUAAGCUAUCAUCCACUAAAGAAAAUGAGAAGUUCAGCCAGAGACUCGAUGAGGUAAAGCGCUAGUAUGUGCUCUGUCAGAAUACAUCAUAAAUCUUACAGGUUAGCUUCCUUUAAAUUCAAACCUGUACCUGCUCUUUUCAAUACAAUAAUGAUAUAUUGUGACCAAGACAAGUGUACUGUAGUUCAGUUGGUGAAGCAUUUUGUCAGCAGCAACGCAAAGGUACCGAGUACCAAACACAUUACAAAGACUGUCAACUAUGUAGUACUGAAUUGUAGAGUUACAGUUUUUCCACAUUUCUGUGUUCAGGAUAAUCUGGGCGGGGCUAAAUCGGUGGCUCGAUGAUGCAGUGGAGCCACCAAACAUGGCCCCGCCCCUAACACUAUCGCGAACAUCCAUUCAGGUUGUAGCAAUAUUUGAAAGUUAAAAAAAAGAAACGGCAGCUUUCCCACAAGUAGGCGUGGUUUCUGCCCCGACAGCUGACACGCCCCCAACGUUUGAGAGCCAAGAAUCCUGCCUAUUUUUCCAAGAUUUUGAUAACUUAUUUUAUUUACUUGGUAGUUUUUUAAUCAUUCAAAUUUGGCUGGGUGGUUAACAAUGCAUUUUUCUAUAGUGUCACAAACUGACUUUACACAGACUUUAGGGUGUUUACAUAAAAGCUUUUCAGUUCAAGCCAUCAAUACAAUUACAAACGGAUUAUUUGGUUGCAUGUAAACGUAGCCUGUGAUAAACAGACUGAAAUAAAGUCCAUACUCACUAAAUCUGUUUUCAUCCACCGUAGCCAAAGUCUUUUUAAGGAAGUUACGUGAUUGUGCCACUAUGUUUGCAACGCCUCCCGAUACUGCGCAUGCGCACAGUCCCUCCCCCAGAGGAGGCGGGACUAGAGUGUCCAUAUUGACCGUUGCGAUCUCCCCCAUUCAUAGCAAUAGUUGUGACCCAUCUUAUUAAUAAUAAAUAUAUUUGCUGUAGCUCAACCAUCAAAUUACUGCAUGUGCAUAGACCACUUUUAUGAUACUUUUAUUAAACAUUCAUGAAACAUUUCCCUUUGUGUCAAAUCACAAAAGUCAUUCAGGUUUGGAACGAAUAAAUAACUAAUUUUUCAAUGCAUCCUUUUAAAUUUUCACAUUAAUAUCCACAUGUAUUACUCAGAAGGAGGCAUUAGAAGAUCUUCAUGCAGAAAACAGCAAGCUGGCUGGGCUCUUUUGUAAACUGAGAGCCUUCAAUCACUGGAGGUUGGUGACUGGUAGAGGCAAGCUGCAAAAAGAC